GAAGAAGAAUAAGAAUAAUGUAAUAAUGAUAAUUAUAAUUAAAUACAUCUCACGUCCGUGCGUGUAAGUUCGUACACUUGAACAAAAAAAUGCCACGCGACGUAUAAUAUCGUUUUGCUGUUUUUUUAGUUUAAGAUCAAUUAUGACUUAUGACUUUUUUUUAACAAAAAUGAAUUUGCUAUUCACCGAAUUGUAGUGUUUGCGUUAUCUUUACUAUAAAUAGAUGCAGUUUAACAUAUCUUUAUCCGCCAGUCCGUGGUAAUAUCUUGAAGUACAUGUAUAUUUGAGAAUACUCUCUCGACGAAUAAAAUUCCUUUCUUAAAUUGUUAUACUUACUUUUUUAAACAAACGCAUGUUAUAUUUACAUAUACAGUCAUCAUCAUCUUAAUCAAUAUAUUAUCAUUAUUAUUAUCAUACUCUAAUUAUCAACUCAUUACUCACAGUUAUUAUCAUCAUUAUUUGCAAAGUCAUCAUUUUGUGCCAUUUUUUCUUUAACCAUUUCGAUGACAUGCGCUUUAAAUCUACAUAUUCAACUUUCAUGCAAAUGAAUGUUAAAUUACUUGCCAGUAGCAAAUUGUCGAUCAGUUAAGAAGUGCAAGCAGAGGGAUAUUAUGAUGUAACUGAUGGGCAUAUAGAUGGUAUAAAUCAGCGUGGUGCAAAUAUGCAGACUUUGACAUCUGACACGUAUCUGCAACACGAAAAUUGACAUUGUCUUUUAAAGUCUUUAAAUAUUUAAUAAACUUUUCGAAAAAAAAAAUAUUUUUUAUUGAAAUCAUUUAUAUUUUCUUUUCAAUGUUGAAAUAAAAACUAGGACUUCAUCAAUAUUGUUUCCAAAAAGUAUUAUAAAUUGUUCAUUGCUUUGAUUUUUCAACAGCUGAAUUUUACUUUUAAGCCUCAUUACCUGCCGCUGAUAAUCAAGAUUAAUUUUGAAAAACAAAAGAGUCCUUUGUUAAUUAAUUAUCUAACACAUUUGCCUUGAGGUUCUUGAAAUUUCCAGCAGUAUAUAGAUGUCAUAGCAAGAAAAGGUCUGCAUAGUUAUUACAGUUCAGGAUGUUUUCUAUUUACACGCACUGUUUUCUUUUGCAUUUUGAAAUAUUUGAUCUGUUUUUGACAUUUAAAUUAAGUUAAACGUUGUUUAAUUAUUUUUAUGACAACUUUAUUCUUAGAAACGUUAAAACUUCAAAUUAAAAGUCUUGUUUUCCAACUGCAUAUCUGCUGUUUUGACAAACUGUUAACAUUCUUUUUUAGCUGAAGGUUGAAAAUAAACACUUACAAUUCCAUUGGUUACAAAAGUAGGUCAAAAGUGAUCAGUUGAUUUGUUGUUUUAUUCAGUUGUAGAUAUUUACACGAUAGUUUAACAUGUGCACUAGUUCUCCACUUUCAUGUGAGGAUGAGGGUGAUUUUACACCUCAUUGUGUUUACUGUUAUAAAUUUUACAUCUACCAAUGUCGAAUCGGCGGAUUGCUCCGUGGAUAUAUGUAAUUGGGAACCAUGGAACUCGUGGUCAUACUGUAGCAGGACUUGUGGUGGGGGAACAAGAACGAGAUCUAGAUCAUAUUGUUGUAAACAUGGCUUAGAUUUUGAUGAUUGUAUAAAGGAUUGUGGUCAUAGCAGGGACUAUGGUAAUACGUACGCAUAUGACGAGGGAUAUUGCAACAAAAUUUGUUAUAACGGUGUUUACUCGUAUGGAAAUAAUUGGUGUAACUGUAAUGUCGAAUUUUAUGGAACUUGUUGUGAAAAUGAAUGUUCCCGUAUUUCUCAGUGUAAAAGAAGAAGAUGUACUACAUAUUAUAACACAGAAUGCAUUGAGUGCUACGAUAAUAGGAUAUUCUACAAGCCUAACUACGAUGGCAGCCGAUGUGAACGUAUGUGCGCUUCGAACAAUCACUACUGUUGGCCCGGAUAUUGCAGUAACGAACUGACAAAAGGCUGCUCGUGCGCGCCAAAUUUCAAAAUUAUACGGCAAAGUGGGGAAACUUCCUGCCAGCCAAGUAAGCUACCAUCUAUUCUGACAUGUGGAACGGUUGUGAUUGGUCCUAAUAUGGAAAAGAAGCAGGCUAGAAGCAGCAUAAAUUCAACAGAGUGUCAAUAUUUUUACUGAUAUGUAUGGUAACUUCCAGCCGUCGUUUUUCAACUUUGAUCUUGCUGCGGAAUAUACC